AUGUCAGAGCACAUUCAGAGACUACACACCAACGACCUUGAGUUGGGUGCAACAGAAGCCAUUCAAAAACACUACGAGCGCCAUGUCGUCUCGACAAAGCCUGUUUCGCAGCGCAAGCUCGACUUUGAGCGAGCAAGACCAAGAUGGCUUCGCGAGAUGAUGGCUGAAGCGUGUUNNACUGGUGUCUUCUUCUAUGUUUACCCUGGCAUCGCCGCAACAGCUGCCUUCACGCUUGGUGAAGAGAAUGCUGCGAUUGGAAGUCUGCUUGGGGUUGGCCUUGCAUUCGGUUUUGGCAUUGCCUUUGCCAUCAUCACUUGUGGUUCGACAUCUGGAGNNGGUAUGUAUUUUGUCAGGCUUUACCAAAGAUCAUUGUCUAAUAUUUACAGUCACUUUAACCCAGCCAUGACAAUAUGUUUCGCUACCUGGCAAGGUUUCCCAUGGAAGAAAGUCCCCUACUACAUCUUUUCCCAGAUAUUCGGUGCCUUCAUAGCCGGCCUAUUUGUGUACGGCCAAUACCACCAACAAAUUGCUGCGUUUGCCGCGACGACCAUCGCUGCCGGUAAAGGAACAGUUUUCAGCGGCGGCCCAGCCAGCAUCUUCUGCUCCUUCCCAGGACCCACCCAAAGUCUCGGCUAUCUGUUCUUCAUCGAAUUCUUCGUCGAUUCUUAUAUCGGUCUCGUUCUAUGGGCUUGCCUCGACCCCGCUAACCCUUUCAUUUCUCCUCAAGUUGCUCCCUGGGCUAUCGGCCUCGUGUAUUCAACCAUGGUGUGGGGAUUCGCCGACAUCACCAUCAGCACAAACUUGGCUCGUGAUCUCGGCACCCGUAUCGUCGCCGCCAUCUUCUUUGGCCGCGAAGCCUUUGCCUACCACAGUUACUCAUGGAUCUCAAUUCUCGUCAAUGUCCCUGCUACAUUGUUUGCAACCGCAUACUAUGAGAUGCUGAUGCGAGACAGUCUGCAGAAGAUUGGCAAGGGCGCUGCGUUCCACGAAGACGGCGAGGAAGGAUUGAACUUGCAUUUGGUCAAAAGCAAUAUUAGUAGGCAGAGCCCCAUGAGUCCGAAUAUGCAGAAGGUGUUUAGUCUGGGGUCUAACGGGUCGACAUUGCACUCGGGCCCUAAGAUGGAGACUGGCUUCUCGCUCGCGGCGGAGACUGGCAACAACUGA